AUCCCUAGUUUGAGUUAUUUAUAUUCAUACAAAGGUAUGUUUUGUCUUUUUUUGUCGUUUUUAUUCUCUUUAUUCGUACAACAAAAUCCGUCAUUCAUAAUGAAAAUGAACAAUCAAGUCUAUGUAUGAAUUGUAAAAUGGCUCUAUAUACAUUCAUGACUAUCAAUUUAUAAAUCUUCGCCUCCAUUCAUUCUUUUCAAGUCAAAAUUUCCUCUCCCUCUUGCUUUGUUCAUUGUUCCAGGAUCAAUUGAUCAAUUCUAUUCUAUGACAACUACAUUAGUCACUCCCUAACAUAUAAAUCUUUACGCAAGUUUUUUUUUCAUACCACCAUACCUAUAUAAAAAGGCCACAUUGAUGUUCAUCAGUUAAUUCAAUCGAACUGUUUCAGCCAUAUUCAACAAACAGACGAAUAUUCCCAAAUAAAUCAAAAAUGAAAUUCUUCAUUGUUGCUUUGAGCCUUAUCUCCGUGGCUGCUGCCAUUCCAGCCAUUGGUCAUUUGGGUUACGCUGCUGCUCCAUUGGCUUUGGGUCAUACUGCUUCGAUGGCCAUCGCUGGUCCAGCUAUCGCUGCUUAUCCAGCUGCCUAUCCAGCUGCUUAUGGUUAUGCAACGCACGGUCCAGCUCCAGCUGGUCUUGGUGGUCACGGUUUUGGUCACGGUGGUCAUUUCUCACCAAUGCCAAUGCAAGAAGUUCGAUUAGUUGGUGUUCCACAACCAUACCCAGUCGCUCAACCAAUUCCAGUCGACAAACCAUACGCUGUUCCAGUCGAUAAACCAUACACCGUUCCAGUUGACCGACCAGUUCCAGCUCCAUACGUUGCCAAAGUUGUUCAACCAAUGAUCCAUAAACAAACUGUAGUCAGCUCUGCCAUCCUUCCAGCACACAAAUAAAUCACCAAAUCUAAUCUUCGCAUCAGAUAUCAAAAUGACCUAAAUGGAA